AGUGUGAGCUCGAGUAGGACAGGCGGUACGGUUCCAUGCCGGCCACCUAUGUAUGUACUAACUCCGGCCUCACUCGAAGAUGUAAUCCGUAAUCCCCGUACAAUGGUCAACGCUUUGGAUUAUCAAUCAAAUCCACGCCAUCGAGUAUCGGAAGUCCUAGCUCGCCACGCCGGUCUGGUUGCUAUCUAGACGUAUAUAACCAACCUCUCCGCUCUUCCAAGGUGUCUGAAUCCGCAUAACAACCGUUCUUUUUCAAAAGUUCAACACAAAAUUUCAUUGAUUUUUCCUCAUUAAAAAGCUUUAUACCAAUUUAGUUUCCUGUUCCACUCAAAAACGUCCAAAAUGGCCUCCAACAGCAAGCUCUUCACACCCUUCAAGGUGGGAGCCUCCAACCUGGAGCACAGGAUCGCAAUGGCUCCUUUGACCCGCUUCCGCGCCGACGACUCUCACGUCCCCACCGAUAUGAUGGCCGAGUACUACAGCCAAAGAGCCGUUAUUCCCGGAACCCUCCUGAUCUCCGAGGCCGCUCCCAUCUCCAAGCGGGCCGGUGGUUAUGCCAACGUCCCCGGCCUCUACACCGAGGAGCAGCUCGCCGGGUGGAAGAAGGUUACUGACGCCGUUCAUGCCAAGGGUUCAAAAAUCUGGGCUCAGUUGUGGGCGCUUGGCCGUACUGCCAACCCUCAAGUCCAGGAGGCAGAGGGUCUGAAGGAUGCUUUAGUUAGCUCCAGCCCUGUUCCCAUGAGCGACAACUCCCCUACGCCUAGGGCGCUCACGGAGGAAGAGAUCAAAAGCUACAUCCAGGACUACGCUCAGGCCGCAAAGAACGCGGUUGAAAAGGCUGGCUUUGAUGGCGUUGAGAUUCACGGUGCCAACGGUUACCUCAUUGACCAAUUCACCCAGGAUACCUGCAACAAGAGGACGGAUUCCUGGGGAGGCAGCGUGGAGAACAGGGCGCGUUUCGGUCUCGAGGUCGCUAAGGCCGUCACGGCCGCGAUUGGUGCCGACAAGACCGGUAUUCGUCUUAGCCCGUGGUCUUCGUUCCAGUCCAUGAGGAUGGAGGACCCCGUUCCUCAGUUCACCUACAUCAUCAAGGGUUUGAAGGAGCUUGACCUUGCCUACCUUCACCUGGUCGAGUCCCGUGUCGGUGGCAAUGCCGACGUUGAGGCUUCCGAGCGCCUGGAUUUCGCUCUCGAGGCGUGGGGCAAGGAGAAGGCCGCGUGGAUUGCCGGUGGUCUCCGCCCCGCCUCGGCGCAGGAGACGGUCGACAAGCAGUACCAUGACUACAACGUUGGUGUGGUUUUCGGCCGUUACUUCAUCUCGACGCCCGACCUUGUGUACCGGGUAAAGAACGGAAUCGAGCUGGAGCCGUACAACCGCGACACGUUUUACAACGCAAAGAGCCCGGUGGGCUACGUCGACUACCCCUUCUCGAAGGAGUUUCAGAGUGAGACGGGAGGACAAUAGAGGCCUCGGGCGAUAGGUACAAUUGCUUUUUUGGCGUUAGAUCAGACUAGAGAAUCUAGACUCAUGAAUUGAUGAUCUAUUUCCGGC